GCCCCCGGGCAGGGGUCAAGGCUGGACUGCGGGCUCCCUCGCUGUGGUUGCCUGGGUGCUGGUCGUCCCGUGGUGCUGUUCAACCUCUGUGGUUGAAACCGCAUGGAUCAAAAGUCACCUGCCACCCGGCCUCGAUUCCCCCCACCGCCACCACCCCUGCUCCAGCUGUGAGAGCUGUUUCCUAGGGGUCUUGAGUAGCUCCGAGUGGCCCUGCCCUCGGGAACAGUGGUAUUUCAACACGGGUCAGGGAGGGGGUGAUGAAUUUCUAUCGGUACGUGGUAAGAUCAUGAGGAGCGGCGGAAGGGGCCUCUUCUUAGGAGCCACUAAAUCACCCUCCGGGACGGUACCUCCCCGCUGAGGCGAGCCUCCGAGGCCUGGGAAGAUAGUGAGGGAGGAGCUCAGAGCAGAUACCAGGCCCUGUGCCUGCAUGAUCUCCAUGAAUCGUCAUUCGCAGUCACCCCGUAAAGGUGAUCUGAGCCACAGAGAGGACCCCGGCCGAUUAUGGAGAGCAGAGGCCCACUGGCCGCAUCGCCGGGGCUGCUGCUGCUGCUGCUGCCGCCGCUGCCACCUCACGGCCACCAGAGGAUCCAGGACCCUCCUGCUGUGCACCUCAGCAGCGGUUCAGGACAAGAGCCUAUCACCAUCAUGACCUUUGACUUCACCAAGAUCAGGAAAACCUCUUCCUCCUUUGAGCUUCGAACCUGGGAUCCAGAGGGAGUGAUUUUUUAUGGCGAUACCAACCCCCAGGAGGACUGGUUUGUGCUGGGGCUUCGAGACGGCAGGCCCGAGAUCCAAAUGCGCAACCACUUGGCCCAGCUUACGGUGGGCGCUGGGCCCCGGCUGGACGAUGGGGAGUGGCACCAGGUGGAAGUGAAGGUCCUCGGGGAUUCGCUGCUGCUGAGUGUGGAUGGGGAGGAGGUGCUGUGCCUGAGACAGGUCUCUGGGCCUCUGGGCAGCAAAGUCCAGCCUGUCGUGAGGAUUGCACUGGGGGGACUGUUGUUCCCUGUCUCCAGUCUCCGUUUGCCGCUGGUCCCCACCCUGGAUGGCUGUCUGCGCCGGGAAAAUUGGCUGGACCAACAGGCCCAGACCUCGGUGUCUGCCCUUACCAGCAGCCUCAGAAGCUGCGCUGCAGAGUCCCAGCCUGGCACAUUCUUCCCUCCUGGGACUCCAGCGGAAUUCGGUCUCCAAGACAUCCCUCAGCCUCAUGCAGAGCCCUGGGCCUUCUCUCUGGACCUGGGACUCCAGCUGGCAGCAGGUUCUGGCCACCUCCUUGCCCUUGGGACCCCAGAAAACCCUCCUUGGCUCAGCCUCCAGCUCCAAGAUCAAAAAGCGGUGCUGUCCUCUGCGUCGGGCCCACAGCUGGAUCUGCCUCUGGUCUUGGGACCCCCUCUUCAGCUGAAGCUGGGCGAGUCUGGGGUAGUCUUGAGCCAGAGGCCUAAGAAGGAGAUCCUUGCCCUGCCUCUCGUGGAUCCUGCCUCCCUCCUCAACCUCUGGGUCCAGCCACAGGGGCGCCUCUUCCUGGGGGCUCUGCCAGGAGAGGCUUCUUCGGCCUCCGUUUGCUUGGAUGGCCUUUGGGCACAAGGCCAGAAGUUGGACAUGGACCGGGCCCUGAGCAGAAGUCAGAACAUCUGGGCUCACAGCUGUCCCCAGAGCCUAGGCAAUGACACGGACAGCACCCAUUAAACCCCCACCUAAGAAUCCC